AUGCUGGAAAUUCCGCUGGGACCCUCUUUAUACGCACCAUUGGCCGACAACGAAAGCCUUGGAAAGAGUGCUGCACGCUAUGGAGAUGCGGAUGUUGAGGUGGACGAUAGUGUCGUCCUGAUAACUGAGAAGAUGAAGGAGGCGCGACUGAGAUGGUUUGGUCACGUCUUGCGGCGGGAGGAAGAUUCUGUUGCCAAAACCGCUCUGAAGCUCGACGUUUCAGGAGUGAGGUCGCGCGGGAGGCCAAAGAUUCGCUGGUUAGACCGUGUGAAGCUGGAUAUGAUAGAUGGAGUUCAUGGAAUCUGUUUCGAACUGCUGCCGGACAACACUACAAUUACUGCCAAGGUCAACUGCGCUCAACUGCAAAGACUGGCCGACAAGAUCCGCGAGGAGCACCCGAAGCUCGACAACGUUCGCCUGCUGCGCGAUAACGCGCGCCUUCACAUCGCGAAGGAGACUUCCUAG